UGGCUGUCGGUUGUCGGCGGCGGCUGCAGCCCGAGCGCUGUGACCCUUGCUCCGGUUCGGCCGUCCCGGCGGUGUCCGCCUCGGCCUGCGGUCCCGGGCCCUCCCGGGAUCCCUUCUCCCCGCCUCUGCGCCGCGGUGGUCCCAUCCAUCCAUCCAUCCAUCCAUCCAAGGGAGCCGCCACCCGCACCUCAUGGCAUCCACGCUGCGGCUGCUCACAUGGGAUGUGAAGGACACGCUGCUGCGGCUUCGCCGACCAGUGGGCGAAGAGUAUGCGAUCCAGGCCCGAGCCCACGGGCUGCAGCUGGAGCCGGCAGCCCUCAGCCAGGCCUUCCACCAGGCCUAUAAAGCCCAGAGCCAGGACUACCCCAACUAUGGCCUGAACCGGGGCCUGAGCUCCCGCCAGUGGUGGACAGACGUGGUCCGGCGGACUUUCCUGUUGGCCGGGGUCUCCGAUGCCGCAGCCACCGAUCCCAUUGCUGACAGACUCUAUCGAGACUUCUGCAGCGCUGGCAACUGGGAGGUGGUGGCAGGGGCUGCGUGGACCCUGCAGCGGUGCCGGGAGCGGGGCCUGCGCCUGGCCGUCAUCUCCAACUUUGACCGACGGCUGGAGGAGAUCCUGGCCCAGUGCGGCCUACGGCAGCACUUUGAAUUUGUGCUGACCUCCGAGGCGGCAGGCUGGGCCAAACCAGACCUGCGCAUCUUCCAAGAGGCCCUGCGCCGCGCUCAUGUUUCCCCCACGCAAGCCGCCCACAUAGGGGACCAUCUCCUGAAUGAUUACCAGGCCGCCCGGCGGGCUGGCAUGCACAGCUUCCUGGUGAAGGGGUCGGAGCCGCCCUCCCCCGGGACGGGAGCCGUGCCCUCAGACCACAUCCUACCCACCCUUCCCCAUCUCCUGACUGCUCUCGACCACCUGGAGAGCUCAAACCUGAGUCACUGACGACGUACGCAGGAACUGGGCGGUGCCGAAGACAUUUAGAGCAGGGAGCCAUGGGGGUACGGCAAGCUGACGCGGCUAAAACUACCUUUUAAAAGACCCACCAACUCUCCCCAGAGUUAGACAUGCACCCUCAGUGCCACCCUGCAGCUCAGGACAGUUUCCUGAAGCCUGUGGGAGCACCUACACUCCAAGCCAGGAAAAUUGAAAAAUUUUACCUCUGUUUGUGC